AUAUUUUUCCUGUCCAUCCACUCUCAUUUGGGUAUUUUCUUUUUUUCUAUCUAUAACUUACAAAAAAAAUGGAGUCUUUGGCCGCCAUGAAAUCGACGGGGCCGUACUAUAGGAGGAUAGGAGAUGAAGUGUAUGUAUCGGCGGUGGCUUUAAGAGCCACAAAGGGUCCUGCCCAGCUGAUUAUGUCGUCUGCUUAUUCGCUCAAUCUCUGGGAUUUACAGCAUUUCAUGGUCCUCGUUAAACCAUACUCUUCUAAUCCUGAUCCUCAUCUCUCUCAGGUAUUGGUGUUUGAUUUUCAACCAGAAGAUCCUGAAAACAUAUUUGUUGGCCUGUCUGCUCUAUCUGGUGGCAGUAUCAAAGGAAGUGUUUUUAGGAGAAAACUAAGGAGACUGCCAAAUCGCAAAUGCUGGUUCGUUGGACACUCCAUUGUAGAUACUACAGAAGAUGUCAUAAACAACUUCAACAAAAAUUGGGAAACUGAAUUGAAGAUCGGCCAUCAUGAUUGCCGUCAUUACACAAACGAACUGGUCAAGUGCCUAACCGGAGAGGAAAAUGUCCUUGACCGCCUCAGAACAGAACCUCUGCAACAAGAUUCUUAAUUGAAUCAAAAAACAAUUCAUUAAACAGAGUAUUUUGUGUUUGAUAAUGAUGAGGCAUCGAAGUUUGUCUAUUAUUAGUGGAAUGAACAAGUAAGAAAAGAUGAAGAACAACCUGCUAUACAUAUUUGAUAUUACUCUCUCUAUAUAUUCAUCAUAGAGUGUACUUAAAUCUCCAAAUUCAUCUAUUUUUUACACUUUUACAUUCCACUAUUAUUAU